CAAAAGAUGUACAACGGUGUGCUGGAUUGUUUUAGGAAGACCACCAAGCAAUAUGGCUUCCGGGGACUCUACCGCGGAAUGAGUGCCCUACUUUAUGGUAGCAUACCAAAAACCGCAGUAUGCUUUGGCUCAUUUGAAUUUUUCAAGUCUUAUCUAGUCGACGAGAAUAAAAUAUUAUCAACGUACAAUAGCUUCCUAUGUGGCUUUGCGACUGGAAUUGUGGAAUCUAUCCUUGUCACAACACCGAUGGAAACCUUGAAAGUGAAACUAAUAAAUGAUCGACGCAGUAAAAAAUCACAGUAUCGUAGCUUUUUUCAUGCUGCUCGUGUCAUUUUAAAAACGGAUGGUUUUCGUGGCAUUUACAUGGGCCUUACACCCACACUACUCCGACAAUGCUCAAAUCAUGCAAUACGAUUUCCAGUGAUGGAGACAUUCAAGAAUUAUUACAAAGGUGAUAAUCCCACGCGGAAACCGCCGAAAUGGAUGGUGGCUGUGUUUGGAUUGCUAGCAGGCGGCAGUGCAGUAUUGGUGAAUACACCUGUCGAUACAUUAAAAACGCGCAUGCAAGGAUUAGAAGCAGCUAAAUAUAAAAAUACUCUAGAUUGUGUAUCCAAAAUAUAUCAUAUCGAAGGCGUAUUAGCUUUUUAUAAAGGUAUGAUACCAAGGUUCAUACGUUUGUCAAUGCAAGCUUGUUGCAUUUUUACACUAUACGAGGUGUAUACGGAAGCUUUUGAUAAAUUAGAUGCAUAUUUGAAUGAAAAUAAUGCCAAGAGUUGAUUUGAUGAUUUGAUGGCACUGGAUGUUAGAAAUCUCAUACUCAUACUCAUAAAUUUGUAAAGUCUGUUUUUAUGUACUCAGUAGAACGGUACGAAUACUCCCUAUUGUGCCAUACUCUUUUGUAUUUGGAAUGUAUCUUUGUAUAUCCUUCUAAACGAGCGAUAAGGGAAUUAAAAUAAAAAUAUAAUUCUAAAAACCUCCUAAGCGAGCAAUUGUUGGACACGGACACUUAUCGCUGAAAGAGGAAAAAGUGUUAGAGCACGGUAACCCACGAACGUGCACGCAGGGUACCGUAGAAGUGUGUAGAAACAUAUCAAAUCUGUGACUAUAUCAUUUUCUUUAUAAUUACCUUUAUUUUAAUCUUUCUUUCUUUAUCUUCAUCUUUAC